GAGUUGAAUAAUUAAAUAAUUACAGCAUGUUUCAUAAAAACAAAUUAAUGAAAUCUUUGUUCAGGCAGUAAUUCUGCUUAAUUUUAGGUGAUGUAAUCGACUUCAGGGCUAGAAACGUUGCCAUUUUCCCCACACUUAAACGAAGAGGAAAAAGAGCGUCCCUUUUUGGCGUGCGCGAUAAGUCGACUUACCACGAUAAACCUUUAAUACUUUCCUAAUUAACGAUGAAAAAUUGUCCAGUAACGGAAUAACAACAUAAAUUUACGUUUAUGUUUCAGGUGAAUCUUAAUUUCUUAUCUCAGCUCCAAGAAGUAGAACAUUCUCUCCAAAGUGUAUCAUGCAAAGCUGUUAUAUCAUGUGACAAACAUAGGAAGCAAGACUACUACGAGAUCUUUAACAGAAUUAUUCCUGAUUUAUCAACGCAGAAUCCUAAAAAUCUCCGAAGUGAAAAAUUGCCUGACUUAAAUUCUAUUAUCAUAAUUUCUGAUGAUCAUAAGAAGUAAGAAAUUCGUUAUUAUUCUCUCUCUCUCUCU